ACUUUGGUCCCAGCUACUUGGGAGGCUGAGGUGGGAAAAUCACUUUAGCCCAAGAAUUCAAGGCCACAGUGAGCUAUAAUUGCACCACUGCACUCCAGGCAACAGAGUGAGGCCCUGUCUUAGAAGGGAGAAAGUGUCAGAUGGUGAUGAGGUCUGGGGGGAAAAAUAGAUAAUGGGGAUUAGGAGUGUGGAUGGUGGUAUUCCCUCACCAAGAGGUGGCAUGUGAGCAGGCAGCUGGGAGGUGAAGGUGUGACCCAUGUGGAAAUCUGAGGGAAAAGCAUUCCAGGCUGAGGGAACAGCCAAUGCAGAUGCUGUGAGGUGGCCAGUGCCACUGAGCAGUGAGCUGCUAUAGGGGCAGGUGAUGAGGUUGGAGAGCGGGGUCAGACAAACUACACUUCUUAAAACAAGUUGUACAGCACCUGCCUCAAGCCUGAGCUAAAGCUGAAAAUUGACACCUCAAAGCAGGUGGAAGCCAAGAAAUGGAGGAAAGCCCUCCUUCCCUACUAGAAUGAGUCCACCUCAGACAGCCAGAUGUUGGACCUCUGCCUCUGUUCCUAGAUCUCUGUUGCUAGAUGAAGGAAAGGGCCCCAGGGGUACCAAGUUCUGUGUAGUAAAAAUUCUAGCAGCGUGGGCCUGCCUGACAUCAUUUUCUGCACAGUUUCUCAUUCUAAUUAAGGCAUAGAUGAUUUGCUGGUGAGGGCUUGAACGGACCCAAUCCCUGGUGCCUGGCCCCUGGCUGCUUGCAAAGCUUUGCCUCAGCAUCCUGGCCACUGGAGCAGUAGCCACUGUUCAGCAGUGCUCACCACAGGCCCUGGUCCAAGUUCCUCCGCGGGCGCCAAGAUGAGUUGUGGCACCCCGAUUUAUUGAUGAGUUAACAGAGCUUCGAGAUGUACAUCCAGGGUAACCAACUAGUAGUCCUCGGCAGAGCUGAAAUCAAAGCUACCCUUUGAAACCUCCACCACCCUGGCUGCCUCUCCCUUCCUGAAGGCCACUUUCUUUUUUUACUAGCCGUCCCUCUGAAGUCUGUCCCUCUCACCCAGGAGAUCAGGGGCCCCAACCACAUCUUGUGGCGCCAGGGCUGGAAGGGUGUUUGGCACAGGGCAUGGGCUGUGUGAAAGAGCACUCUGUUGGCCUGGAACCUUCCUGCGUCUGGUGCCAGAUUUUCAGCCGGGGAAAAGGUGGACGGUGCCCUCCCGCAGGGCCUAAGGUCAACAGGAGACCUCAGGGGAGUUCAGUGACUUAUACAGGUGCCCUGGAGAAGGUCCGUCCACCCUCAUCUUCCACAGACGCUUUUCCUGGACCAGCUCCCUAUCCAUGGCCACACAAAAGCUAGCAAUAGAGCACAAGGACUCCAGACCAGCAGCCUGCCCGACCUCCGCCUCCCGCAGAAAGCCCACCCGUUCCUAGACACGUCCCACGGAAGCACAGGGCAUAGCUCAAGGCCACGGUCCCACUACCCCCAAAGCGGCCGCUUCCACGGAACCGUCCGAAGGGCUGGCCUCGCCACCCUGCGCGCGAGUGAGCCGCUUGCCGGCGCGCAGCUGUAGCCAAGGAAGCAGCAGCGCCCCCUCUGAACCGCGGCGCACUGGUCCUCCCGGCCCGGCCCGCUCCUAGCAACACGGGGCGUCCCCAACGACAAUGACCGGCGCCGGCGCGCGGGACUCUGUGUGAGGCGAGCGCCGAGGCUCCCGAAGCGGAUCCCUACCUGUAUCAAGGACCUGCCAGUCUGAGAAGUUUCUUGUCAUAAGGCCAUCCAGGGGCCACCUGCCCCUACAUUACCAGCCUCCAGCAUGCAGGAGACCGUAACAACAUCAGCAUUGUUGGACCCCAGCCACUCCUCAGUCUCCACCCAGGACAAGUCCUCCACUGGCGGACACACUUCAAGCACAGGCCCACAGCCCUCAAAGCCUUCAAUCACACCAGUCUCUGCAAAGUCCAGAAACCCACAUCCUGGGGCCAAUUUCCAUCGGAUGCGCCGGAUCAUUGCUGAGGAUCCUGAGUGGUCACUGGCCAUCGUGCCCCUCCUCACAGAGCUCUGCAUUCAGCACAUCAUCAGGAACUUCCAGAAUAACCCUAUCCUGAAGCAGAUGCUCCCGGAACACCAGCAGAAGGUCCUGAACCACCUGUCCCCUGACCUACCACUGGCUGUGACCGCCAACCUGAUAGACAAUGAGAACUACUGGCUCCGCUGCUGCAUGCAGCGCUGGCCCGUGUGCCACGUGGCCCACCAUGGCGGCAGCUGGAAACGCAUGUUCUUCGAGCGGCACCUGGAGAACCUGCUAAAGCACUUUAUCCCAGGCACCACGGACCCCGCGGUGAUCCUCGACCUGCUGCCCCUCUGCAGGAAUUAUGUGCGCAGGGUCCACGUCGAUCAGUUCCUUCCGCCGGUGCAGAUCCCGGCCCAGCUCCGGCCAGGCGACCAGUCGGACUCAGGCAGCGAGGGAGAGAUGGAGGAGCCCACCGUUGACCACUAUCAACUGGGCGAUCUGGUAGCUGGCCUGAGCCACCUGGAGGAGCUGGACCUGGUGUACGAUGUCAAGGACUGCGGCAUGAAUUUCGAGUGGAAUCUCUUCCUCUUCACCUACCGCGACUGCCACUCCUUGGCAGCUGCCAUCAAGGCGUGCCACACCCUCAAGAUCUUCAAGCUGACCCGAAGCAAGGUGGAUGAUGACAAAGCACGCAUCAUAAUUCGAAGUCUUCUGGACCACCCAGUCCUUGAGGAGCUGGACUUGUCACACAACCUCAUUGGGGACCGUGGUGCACGAGGUGCUGCCAAGCUGCUGAACCACAGCCGCCUGCGUGUGCUCAACCUGGCCAACAACCAGGUGCGUGCGCCUGGUGCCCAGUCGCUGGCUCAUGCUCUGGCACACAACACCAACCUCAUUUCCCUCAACCUACGUCUCAACUGCAUCGAGGAUGAGGGUGGCCAGGCUCUUGCCCAUGCCUUGCAGACCAACAAGUGCCUCACCACACUGCACCUCGGUGGCAAUGAGCUGUCUGAACCCACCGCCACACUCCUGUCGCAGGUGCUCGCCAUCAACACCACACUCACCAGCAUCAACCUGUCCUGCAACCACAUCGGGCUGGACGGUGGGAAGCAGCUCCUGGAAGGCAUGUCGGACAACAAGACCCUCCUGGAAUUUGACUUGCGCCUGUCAGAUGUGGCCCAGGAAAGCGAGUACCUCAUUGGCCAGGCCCUCUAUGCAAACCGAGAAGCAGCCCGCCAGCGGGCCUUGAAUCCCAGCCACUUCAUGUCAACCAUCACUGCCAAUGGCCCUGAGAACUCUGUGGGAUAAAAUGACCUGACUUGGAUCAUGGCCCCAGCCCUGUCCCUCAUUUCAUACCCCUGCCAUGCCUGCUGCAGACUAUCACUCUGGUUCAGAGGGAGCAGGGAGGGGGACCGUGAAUAUCCUUGGAGUGAUCAAGGGUUGUAUGGAUGGAGACAUGAGGCAGGAAAGGGAGACUGGCAUGGGGGAAGAAAGGGUAUGCAGUAGGAACCCAGCCCCUGUGCCCAGGGAAAGGAUAUUACUGAACCCCCACAAAUGACCAACUUCUUCCAGGAAUAGGGAAGUCAGAGAGGUGUGUGAGGGACUGUGCCUGCCAGAUUCUCCCACGGGGGCUGCCUGCCUCCCUGACUCCCCUCCCCACCAUUUUCUUCUCUACCAAACAGAUCCUUGAUCUUCAAACACACACGCACACACACACACACACGCGCGCACGCUCUGGCUACAGCAGACCUAUGUCUGGCUCUCUUUGCCACCCUCAGCCCUGUAGAUGCAUUUCCCUGUUGCUUGACUCUGCUUUAGGUGAUCCAGUUCUAUAGGCCACUCCAUCCUCUAUUUCCCCAACCCCCAACCUGGGACGGGGACAACGAAAUGACACCAGGGACUCAGACCCAGUGGCCUCCUCUGGGGAGGCAGCUGUAGAUGACGACUUCCAGGGAAGGAUGACACGAUUCCUGCCACCCACCCCAGAGAGCUUCCCUGGGAGGGAGGGAAAGAAGUGCCACACUGGGACAGGAAGUCAGUGAGUCAUCCACAACUUUAUUAUCCACCAGUUUGAUUUGUACAAUCUUUGCGCUUAAAUCCACGACAAAAAGGCCACAGUGUGAUGCACCCAAUUGACAGAGACCUGUCUUCUCCCCAGCCAGGCCCAGCCCACCCCACAAGCCCUUGUCCCCAGGCCACAUGGAGCCUUCUAGGUGCCCUCCAUGAGUCCCCAUCACUCUGUAGCUGUCCACCCUGGGGCCACACCUACAGGAAUCACAUCAGCCCCCAGGGCCACAAGAGACCUAGCUGACUGAUUCAGGCUGAGCGCCAUUCCCCAUCCUCCUCAGGCUGAUUGAUUGGCCCAGAGCCUCCAGAACUGUGUCCCCAAAGGGCAGGUCAUGGGCUACAACCCCAAUCCAGGAGUGCCUGCUCUCCAGGGACUCCUUCCACUAAGCAGACGCUAAGCAGAGCACCAAAGGGGGCUUGGGAGUGACUGCAUGUGUAUGCCUGUCUAGGCAACCUAGAGUCUGUCUGUGCCUGACACCCUCUGACAGUUCCAGAGUGCAAACGUGUAGGUGUGAGGGUGUGUGUGUGUAUAGCCACGGCUGCUAGCAGAGGUUCUAAUUAGAGAAACAAGAACAUUCAGUGUAAAGUUUAAUUUUAGAGAUUAAUUUUCUGGUUUUUGUUUUCCCUGGCAAUCAAUAAAGCUACCAAGAAAAUAGACCAAA